AAUUUCCCCAUUAAAACUUUGCAUCUCACUUGGACUAAAUUUUUUGUCAAUUAUUGUUCAAUUACUCUUAGGAAGAAAUCAAUAUAAGGCAGCCUAUUUCCACUAUGUGUUUUUGUUACCAAUUUAUGUCCUCUCCUGCUAAGGACAUUUUUGAAAGGUUGAAUUGGCCAACUGGUUAGGAGGAGUCUACAGACAAACUGAUAGGAGGCGAAAUAGUGUACAGAAAUAAGUACAGUGCUUCUACCCGAAAAUUCAUUAUCUAAUUCAAGUCUUUUGCAAUGUCCUUGAUACUGUAUUUUGCAUAUAUUUUCUUGCUAAAUGUUUAUGCGUUAUUUUAAAACACAUUAUAUAGCUCUGUAUAGUUUUUAAGAAAAGACCAUUAAUACCUCGAUUCAACACAAUGUAAUUACCUAAACAUACAUUCAUAAAACAACUCAAAAUACUACGAGACGGGUUUCUAAAAUUAAUCUCUCAACUGAUGAGUGCACCAGUAAUCUGCCAAAAAUGUGUAACCUUUUAAUUAUAAUACGAAUAAGAAAUCAGAAAAAAAUUAUUAUUUUCCUGAAUCUAUUUCCUCCACGCAUAAUUUCAAUUCAAUUGCCGUGCUCCUAGUGUUACUGUUUUGUACGGCGUACGCUUCUGACCAAAGGUAAAUGUGACACAAAAACGCUUUCGUAGCAAAUUAAACAGGUCAGGCAAACAAUUUUUGUUUCAACAAUGUUUACGUAAUUUUGAACUAAGUUUAACCCCGUUUCUCUAAACCCUUGUUUGCACCGGCAAGUAGAUCCACUCGGCCAUUAUGGGUGAUGGAUUAACUCCAACUAUCAUGACAGCGAAUGUUGUGGUGAUUGGAGCUGGCGUGGUAGGUUUAUCCACAGCCAUCAACAUCCAGCGAUUGGUUCCUUCUUGUUCUGUGACGAUCGUAGCAGAGGAUGUCGUAGAUGGUACGACCAGCGUCGGGGCAGGCGCAAUAUUCAGGCCAACUGAAGAAUAUCUCCCAGGCGUGGACAUACAAAGGGCUCGGCAAUGGAUCCGUGAUGGAUGGGAGCACUUUUCUUCUCUGGCAUUGUCAGAACAUUCUGGUCCGGCUGGAAUAGCCAUCACACCUUCGUUUAUGUUGAGUCGAACGGAGAUUAAGGAUCCUUUGUACAAAGAUGUUGUGUUCACAUUUCACGAACUCAGUAGAGAUGAAAUGAAAAAGAUGGGAUUUGACAAACAUUUCAGUUAUGGCUAUCUUGUGACAACCAUUGUGAUAACAACAAAGUUAUACCUGGUCUGGCUUCUGAAGAGAUUUCUACAGAAUGGUGGUAAGGUUGAGAAAAGACGUGUGUCAAAUAUGAACGAGUUCCAGGGUCGAUAUAGGAUUGUCGUAAAUUGUUCAGCAAUAGGAAGUCGACAACUUUUCGGCGACAAAUUGAUUCAUCCAAAUCGAGGACAGCUUUUGCGAGUCAAGGCACCAUGGAUAAAAUAUUGCAUAUACACUGAUGCUGAUGCUUACAUUAUACCAAAUCAGGGUUUGGUGGCCGUUGGAGGAAGCCGAGAUGAAAAUAACUACGAUAUAUCUAUAGAUGACAAGGAAUCCAAAGCAAUUUUGGAAAGAUGUUGCAAAAUUUGUCCUUCUUUAAAGAGGGCAGAGGUCGAUCACGUAUGGGCGGGGUUAAGGCCAGUACGAUCACCUCUCAGGAUGGAAAAGGAAAUCAUCAAAGUUGAGAACGAUCAAUUAACAGUGGUUCAUAACUACGGGCAUUGCUCGGAUGGUAUUGCCCUGAGCUGGGGAACAGCUGUGGAGGCUGCCGGAAUGGUCAGAGACUGCCUCAAAUGUUCCUCCAAACUUUAAAAUAUUGACACUGUUUAACGUGAAUACAAUUAAUAGUACUGGAUUUAACUCAACAUGUAAUGCGGAUGUGCAAUUGAUUACUAUGUUAAACAAAAACAAGUACUGUUUUUCUACAUUACUGAAAUAUAAAAUGAUAAGUCGCAAACAAUG